UGUCAGGGAGGGGGAGAAACCACUGUUACUUGAGGAGGGGGGAGUUCCGUCUUUCACCCCCUUCCGCGCGGGAAACAAUGGAACGGUCAGCGCCUGGUGGGAAUGGGAAAUAGUGCGGAAGCCUCACCUCGGCAGUCUACCGUCCAUCAGUUUCCCCUCCUGCAUCUUUGGUCUUUACCUCUGCUAAAGCCCUAGGGCCUUUCCCUACCCGUCUCCCAGAUUUUAAGCUGUUAUUUUCUAGGUCGCUAUCAGUUUUAACCCUUAAGAUCAUCCCCUGUUCUUCUUAACGCUGCUUCUUUCUCCUUUGGAACUCUCUGCUUCUUGAUUGCUUGCUAGAAGCCUGGGAAGGGGAAAGUAAUCGCCGUCGAGAUUUGCAGUGUCGUCUCUCCUGUUCCCACGAGUCGGACAGUUUUCCUAUUGCAGUGAAAUCAGCUCUCCUUCCUCUGUUCGCUCACUCCGCUGUGGUGAGUAGUGAUGUUGUCACCUCACUCCUCCUCCUCCCUUCCGGUAACUAAAUGGAAUGGUGAAGACCGAAGAAGCCCCAGCUUUUAACUGCGAAAAUGUGGCAAAGCAUUGGCCUGACACUGUUGGUAAUUGUGGCCACGCUGGCUUGCGUGCUGCUCUUCAUGCUUUGCGGUUGGUAUGUUGUCUGGCAGCUGUUCUUAUCCAAAUUCAAGUUUUUACGAGAGCUGAUAGGAGACACGGGAUCUCAACAAGGGGAUAAUGAAAUCACUGAGCCAGAAGCUGAGCAGGAUGUGCCACCUACUCCACAGAGGAGUAGACCGAAAUCGACCCGGCAGCGAAGAGGACCCACUGAAGAUGCACCUUAAGGUGGUCCUUGGGACUACUGGACAGUCCUCAAGCAAACUGGCAAAUAUGUCUGUGAUUCAGUGGUCUGGUUCUACUGAAAUGCUGAAUGAAGAAAACCAAAUAACUGUGAAUUCCUUUACUCUUGGGAUGUAACUAUAUGCUACAUCAAAGAUUCAGACAAAAAUUGAAUGGAGAGCGAGGUGGAACUGGGAAAUGGAGGAGGGGUUAACAGAAGGAAAGGCCUCCCACAUUUUCUGGGAGUGGAGUUGGCAGGAAAUCAUGCUGCUGUGUCUGUUCCUUGAUGGAUAGGUCUAGCUUUUUGCACCAGUGUGAAUGUGAUAAGCUUUUCAGAAUUGAAAUGGUUUACUGACAACUUUUACAGGACUGCAACUGAUUGCAGCUAGUCUUUUAAGAAAUGAAAUCUAGCCUUCAUUUAUAACUUUUAAUGUAGAAAUAUGUGUAUUCCUUGGGCCUUAAUCUGUGGAUGCCAUGAUGUUCUGCUUCAGAAUGGUCUGAGAAUGGUUCCUUCUUCCCCACCACUCACGGGAGAAAAUCAGCGUUAGGCUCACAUGAAGGCUUUCAUGACUUCAUUAAACAUAACUGAAGAAUGAAACUGGGCAUUUUGGUUUCACUGCAUGAGUUUUCAGGUUUAAAAAAAAACACCCCAAACCUGAACAUCUUGCCAGAGGGGUGUGUGUGUGUCUCUGUCUCUCAUCAAGGCCUUUCUGUUUUCUGAAAACAGGGGAAAGGAGCAUCUGUUACAAACACUUAUUCUAUGAAAUGUUUUGAAAAGGAACUUAAACGUAAAUAGUUGACUUUUACAAUGGAACCCCCCCCCCUUUUUUUUGCAUUCUUUGCACCAAAGUAAUUGAAACUAGUUACAUUGUUCUGACAAAGCUCUGAGGACAGCUUUAGUGAUAAUUAUUGCUGAACGGUGUGACUGGGACCUUGUUUUUGGUGUUCCUAGUUUAACCGUCAGUUUAGCAAGUACUUUGACUUUGCCUUCUGGUGAACAGCAAUCUCAGCUUGCUUUAUGCUUCAAGCAGUACGAAGGUAGCAUCCAACUAGCGACAGAAACUGUAAUGGAAGACACUGACUUUGAACUGGUAGCUAAGAAAUAGUGAGCUUCGAGCAGUACGGAAGGUAGCAUCCAACUAGCGACAGAAACUGUAAUGGAAGACACUGACUUUGAACUGGUAGCUAAGAAAUAGUGAUGAUGCCUCAAGGAUAAUUGUGGCCGACUUUUCUUUGAACUCCAGGAUGCAUCUUGUUGAGUUGUGUGUGUGCAUAUUUCCUAGUUCAGCUCCCUGCCUAGCAGCUCUGCUCCAUGAGCACUACGGAAAGGUGUCUUAAUGCUUCAUAGCAGAUAAAAGGAAGCCCUCCGUCCUGAAGACUAAAACUGUACACUAACUCUUGUGAACUGCAACUUGGUGACCUUCAGAGUGUUGCAUACGGGUUGUAAACCACCCCCUCUCCCUUUUUCUAGUUAUUUGUGAACGGUUUGCAAAGUCUAACUGGGGGAUUUGAAGAUGACAGUAUUUACGAUUCAUCUAUAGCUUAUGUUCCACCCCCUUUAGCAUUCAAAUAGACAGCAGCUGCCCUAAUCUUUCCUCGGUAUUCUGCGUUAAUAUAUACUGGCACAUAUAGUGAAGAUGGCACUUGGGGUCUUUCAUUUAUUGCACAGCAACAAAUGUGGGCUUCUGCACCUAAAAAGCAAUGUGUGAAGCAGCCUUUUGUCUCCCGAUUUGAAGAUGUUACACUCAAAAUUCUCAGUAUAUUGAUACAAUUCCUGUUACUGGCUUCUUACAUGCAGAGAUGGUGGUAGAAAGAAAUACUUGAAAUUAAACAAUGACAGUUGUUUUCGGUCUAGUAUGCUUUGUCUAACUCAUUUAUUUCUCUUUCCCUCUCCCCAUAGAUUUGCCUUAUAGGAUUGCUGUAAUGACAGUCUGCUUGACAAUGUUGGGUUGUUGGAGGUGUUUUAUGCAAUUCUAAACUCUGUUGGCGGCAAUCUGUGCCCAGUGGCAAACCCCUCCCUCUCACUGAGUUGCUCCUGUUGAUUGUUGAGGUGCUGAUCCCAUCUGUUAAUACUCUAACUUCUCUUCUUCUUAGACAUUCUAGAAAGGUUUUAUACAGUAUGUAGGGAAGAUAUAUAUUAUCCUAUUAAUGAAAUAUACAUUGGUUAGAAGUACAACUGUGUGAGCAUCUGCUGCUACCAAAUAUUUGUAUAGUUAGAGAGCUAUUUUUAAUUACCUGUCCCUCUGAAGGAAGGAAUGAAGAACCCUCAGGCCUGUUUCAAGAGCUGUGGUGAUGGAAAAAUAUGAAAUUGCAGUAUUACAGAGAUGUAAUGAGGUAACUUUCAGAGCAAACACGAUAACUUGAGGAUCAUUUUAAUGAGGACUUAUGGGGAGCCUAAGUGGACUUCUUGAGUGUGGCAGCUUUCCUUGGUGUUGCAUUCAGUAAUAGGGAUAGGGGGCUCUGGGGAGGCUUGUUUACUCACGGCCCUUUUGACCAAGCUGGUUUCUUGGUUCAAAUAACUCUUUCUUGAAAGGAAAACCUGAACACAUUUCUUCCUAAUAUGGAAGAGGGAAAAGCUAAUACUGUUUUAUGAAUAAUCUUGCUGCUGUAACUAAAAUUACAAAGAUACUGCAUCUGCUAAUAACACAGCACACUGAUAGCUAUGUUUUGCAUUUUGCAUGUUUGGUCCAGCACCAAGAGGUUUCUGUACUGAGUGGACCCCAAACAGUCACAGUUUGAGAAUUCUCUCUCCCCCGCCCCGCACUAAUAUUUGGUCACUGUGGAAGGUUUGUAACUCUAGCCAAAUGUUAAAUUCAAAUCCUUGUUCUGUUCAGAGACCAUACAUUAGCCUCGAUGACAUUCAGAACUAUUGUAAGGGCCAACUAGAAGAUCCCUAAGCCCUUCUUCUUCUGCAGGAGGCCCCACCCUAGAACUGGAAGGAUCCCAUUUGAGGGUACUUUCCAGCAGGCUUAUGAGAUCACCCAGCAUUCUGUGUGUGUGUCUGUCCAUGUGUGUCCCCCCCCUCCCCCAAUCAACUUCGCAACGCCUGGACCAAUAUGAACCAAAUCGUGUACAGUUGUAGGGACACCUCAAUGGCGUAGUUUGUGAUGAUGUCAUCCAUCCUGAUCCAAGACAGAUGUGUAAACUUUUGAGGUGUAAGUGGACUAACUUGUGAACCACUUAACCGAUAUGAACUAAAUUGCUACAACUGUAGGGACACAUAGGGACACCUCAACGGCAAAGAUUGUGAUGAUGUCAUCCACCCCAAUUCAAGAUGGCAGACAUGUAAGCUUUUGAGGUACAAGUGCACUAACUUGAGGACUGUCUAACCAAUUUGAACCAAAUUUGGAAUAGCUGUAGUGAGUGACACACAGAGACACCUCAAUGGUGCAGUUUGUAAUGAUGACAUCCACCCCAAUCCAAGAUGGUGGAUGCAUGAACAUUUGAGAUCUAACUUGUGGACCUCAAUUUGCACCAAAUUUAGUCCAGGUGUAGAGACAAUGAAAGGAAAGUAGGCUGAUUAGUUCUUACUAAAACAACUUGUUCUUUCUUACCAAAGAAUUCAGGAGUGGAGGGGCAUGUGACACCAUUGCCUUUCAGCUGGAUCAUGCCUUGGGAGCUGCAGCUUAAAUGGUAGUGUGCGCUGUCGAGUUGGUGUUGACUCCUGGCGACCACAGAGCCCUGUGGUUAUCUUUGGUAGAAUACAGGAGAGGUUUACCAUUGCCAUCUCUUGUGUAGUAUGAAUUGAUGCCUUUCAGCAUCUUCCUAUAUUGCUGCUGCCUGAUAUAGGUGUUUCCUGUAGUCUGGGAAACAUACCAGCAGGGAUUUGAACCAGCAACCUCUGGCUUGCUAAUCAAGUCAUUUCCCCGCUGCACCAUUAGGUGGCUCGCAGCAAUAAUUUAAGGCCUCUUCCUUUCCCCUCCUGGAGCUUACAGAAAUGGUAUCGGGGGGUUGUUGGAGGCCAUUCGGCUUAGUUGUUGGAGGCCAUUUGGCUUCCCUUGUGCCAAAUUGAAGUUUGUUUUUUCCAAGUGACAGCAUGAAGCAAGUCCAAACAGUUUCUCCUCAACACAAAUAAUCUGCCUGCAGAAAUGUGGCUGCUCAUCCAUUUGUACCUAUGUGCCACCGUUUUAAUUUGAGAAGUGGAACAGCCGAAGUAAUUUUAUUAUUUUUAUUAUCUUUAUGAAUAAUAAUUUGCCCAAAGAGUUGCGUUACUCACCCCAUGUUAAAUGACUGGCUCUUUUUUUUUUUUUUUUAACUGAAAAAGCCCUGUUUGGAAUUGGACCAAUCAUGUAAUGUAAGAACACAUAGCAACAAAGCACAGAAGUUCCUUAGAUACACAUAAUAUAACUGUAUAACAAAGAUGCUAUAUAUGUACAGCAGAUCUUUCUGCUGAUGUUCCAAGCAUCUAUGAAUCUCUUACAGCAAGGAUGUACUUCUGUGAACGUUUAUGACCUAAGGCCAAUACUAAUGUGACACAGUUCCUACAUGGAAAUGGCUUCUGAGCAGGAAAUAACAUAAAACCUGAGUUUAGACUGUGACAUGCAAUAAUAGCAACGUGUAUUUCACUUUGUCCGAAUGUAGCUAAAGCUCUGUGUGCAGUCACUACACAUGUUGAUCUACAUGCAGGUUGCAUGUUGAUCAAUGCUUGCAUGUAGGAAUGAUGUGUUUGUGUCACCAUAAGUUUCACUUGAACUGCAAGCUGUUUCAUUUGGAAUUCAUUUAAAAAAUGAAAAAAUAAAACCAUGUAGCUGUAAUAUUGCUGUCAAACAUCUCUUCAGAUUUUGAAAUUACUGACUCUAAUAUAUGUGAGGAGUUGGAUUUAAAAAAACAAAAAACCUUUGGGUGUGUGUUUCUGUUAGUGUUGCAAACAUUUUUGUGAAUAUAAGAUUUAAUUGUUUUACCUAAUACUAUAGCUACAGACAUACAUAUCACUUCUGAUAUGAACCGGAAGCAUACAGCCAUAUCUCUUGUAUAUGAAAUAAAGGAGAAAAGGGACAUUGCUGAGAAUACUAGAACAAGCACGUGAUUUGGUUUAAGAUUACGUGGACUGUGAGAAGAAUGAGGACAGCUAUAUUGUUGCAAAUAGCCCCACCCCCCGCCCAUGGAUCACAUUUUAGAUCAGUUGCCUGUAAAAUCCAUCUAUCUUUGCCAAAAUGCAACUAUCAUUCACUUCAGGGAAAGUUGUACUCCUGAAAUGCUGGGUGGCAUUUAAAGCAGCUUAUGGUGCCUAAUGUACCCUUGUAUAUGUUCCAGCUUGAGUCAUGCCCCAGCAUUGUAUGUACUAUAGAUGACAACUGUAACAAAUUUGGCAAUCUGUUCUACUUCCAUGUUCUUUGGCUUUAAAAACAAACACUAUACCUAAUGCUUCUCUGUGUUUGUACCCAUCAUGUUAAUGGUAUUUUCUUUCCUUAAGCUGACUGCACAAUAAUGUAAAUAAAAUGUAAAUAACCCAACUUUAUAUGGGUGCCCAAA